CUGGCUAGAUGUUACAUUUGAUAUCCUUUAUGUUGGAGAUACUAGUGUCAUUCACCAAAGUUUGAAAGAGCGGCAUGAGCUUCUCAAAAAAGUUGUGAAGCCUUUGAAGAAUCGUUUAGAGAUUCUGUUGCCUAAUGGUGGUCUUAAUACUCAUCGCCCUCCUGGGGAACCAUACUGGUCGUGCCUUGCUUAUAGCAUGGAUGACGUUGAAAGAUUUUUCAAGGAAACUAUUGAAAAUAGGGAUGAAGGAAUUGUGCUAAAAGACUAUGGUUCCAAAUGGGAACCAGGCGAUCGAAGUGGAAAGUGGUUGAAGCUGAAACCUGAGUACAUUCGUGCUGGUUCUGACUUGGAUGUUCUUAUUAUAGGGGGAUAUUAUGGCUCUGGGCGUCAUGGAGGGGAGGUAGCUCAAUUCCUGGUGGGGUUAGCUGAGCAAUCUGACUCGAAUACUUAUCCUAGGCGAUUCCUGUCUUUCUGUAGGGUAGGCACUGGGUUGACUGACGAGGAGUUAGAUGCUGUUGUUCAGAAAUUGAAGCCUUAUUUUAGGAAACAUGAAUACCCAAAGAAGGCACCACCAAGUUUUUAUCAGGUUACUAAUAAUUCAAAAGAAAGGCCAGAUGUUUGGAUUGAAAGCCCAGAGAAAUCAAUAAUUCUUUCUAUCACCAGCGAUAUCCGGACUAUAAAUUCUGAAGUUUUUGCUGCACCAUACAGCCUGAGAUUUCCACGAAUUGAUAGAGUCAGAUAUGACAAGCCGUGGUAUGAAUGCCUUGACGUCCAGUCAUUUGUAGAGCUUGUACACUCAAGCAAUGGGAACACUCAAAAAGGGACAGAAUACAGAGCCACACAAGAUAGUAAACCAAAGUCCAGGGGACCCAGCAGAAGGGGUGAGAAGAAGACUGUCUCCAUGGUUCCUUCUCAGUUUAUCCAAACUGAUACUUCAGGCAUCAAAGGGGAAACCUUAAUUUUUUCAAAUUUGAUGUUCUACGUUGUUAAUGUGCCUCCAACCCAUUCUCUCGAUUCCUUACACAAAAUGGUUGUAGAGAAUGGAGGAAUGUUCUCAAUGAAUUUGAACAACUCAGUUACCCAUUGCAUUGCAGCUGAAAGUAAAGGGAUUAAAUAUCAGGCAGCAAAGCUUCGUGGAGAUAUUAUUAACUAUACUUGGCUAUUGGAUUGUUGUUUGCAGAAGAAGCUCAUCCCUUUGCAGCCAAAGUACUUCCUUUUCCUCUCUGAUUCUUCAAAAAAGAAGUUUCAGGAUGAAAUUGAUGAAUAUUCAGACCCUUAUUAUUGGGAUGUUGACCUUGCAGACCUCAAGCAGCUGUUAAACAAUAUCAAAAGGUCAGAGAAUGCUCAAAUCAUAGACCAUUAUAAGAAGAAAUACUGUCCAAAGGAUAGAUGGUCUUGCUUUCAUGACUGCUCUGUUUACUUCUAUACUCCAAUGCAGCAUUUGAAAUCUGAUUGGGAAUUGUUGUUGAGACUUGCAUGGAGGAGGCUGGAGCUUGAAGUCUUAAUGGGUGGUGGAAAGGUCAGUAAGGAUCUGAAGCAUGCUACUCAUUUGGUUGUCUUGUCGUUACCAGGAGUUAAUGUGGACUUCAAUUCUCUAUUGAGGAGUUUCUCCGGUGCAGAGAAAUGUUGUGUAUGGAAGAAGGGGUUUCAUGUAGUUGGUUCUCGGUGGCUGGAGGACUGCUUAGAGAAGGAGGAAAAGUUGCAAGAAGGUCCAUAUAGUCUGAAGCCUGCUGGAGUUGAAGGAUCUGACUUUCUAGAAUGGUUACCUGCUGGAGUUGAAGGAUCUGACUUUCUAGAAUGUGAACAGGACCUAGACCUGGAAAAUAUCAGUUAUGAUUUAGCCAGUUGUCGAGGCCAGAAUAUGUUGGCUUUUAAUGAAAGUCGAGGCAAAGAGAUAGACAGCAAAGUUCAGCUGGAAAGUUCUAAAUCUUUGGUCUUACCCAAGAAUGGAAACAGGAAAAGAGGAAGACCAGCUGGCAAGAGCACUAAUAAAAGAAAAACGGGUCUAAACCAAGCUCGAAGAGUACAGACACAUCGUGGAAAGAUGCCAGCAAAGAUUUAUGAUGAUGAAUCGGAUGAAAAUGGAUCUGAUGGAAAAUCACAUGAGGAGAUUGACAAGGAUGUUGGAAAUCCUGAAACCUUUGGAAUGGAUAUCAAGGAAGAUUCUAACAUCCAUAAUAUCAUAGUAGAAGAUUCGAAACUAUCACAUUGGGGGAAGACUGCUCAAGACAACAAAAGUCCUGGCAUUGAAAUGGAUGAGAUGGAUAAUGACCAAGACUCUGAGAAAGCUGAGAACCCUGAAAUUAUUGAAAUGGAUUGGAGGAAUUAUGGCCAAGUAGAUAAGAAGCCUGACAAACUGGAAGUCAUGGUUGAUCCAGUUCAAGCAAUGCUACUAAGCCUGAUUCCAAGCCUCGGAACAAAGCAUGAAACCACCAAUGUAGUUGACGAUAAGAAGCAACCUGCAGAUACCAGUGAUGACCUUCGAGUCAUUGAGGAUGAGAAACCUGAAGAUACCAGUGCUGACCUUCAAGUCGCUGAGGACGAGAAACCACCUGAAGAGCUUAUUGCACCUGUGAAGAAGAAGAAGAAAGUCAGCUACAAGGAUGUUGCUGAAGACCUGCUCAAGGAUUGGUAAAAAGGGCUCGAAUUUCCUGACUUGUAUUUUUGUUGUUUACUACUUUUGUUCUGUAGGUAACGUCCUAAGUUUAUAGUACGGCUUCUAGUAAUUUUUACCUGUCGUCCUAGUUUUGUUCCAGCGUAAUUGCAGCUUAAUUACAUCUAAUCCCCUGGGGCGCAAUCAAUCACUCUAGGUGCA